CAAGGCAUCAUUAUCAUGAUUAAUUAUUUUUUUUAAUCACGCAGGAAAAGCAGUUUCACGACCAAUGUCGGCUUCUUCUUUAUUGUUUCUCUUUGACUCGCCAUUGUGACUGUCAUAAUGGCUCUCUGCUUACAAGACUUUCCGUCUAACUUAAAAUAAGGAAAAAUGUAACGAAACGAAGAAAGAAAGAAAAAAAAAAAGAGUUUAUCUUCUUAAAGUACAGAGUUUUACUUUCUCUUCCAAGAGUUUUAAUUCGGAAGUGAAACCAUCCAAGUCUUGUUGGAUUUAUUCGAAGAGUGAAUCUUUUGCUGUGGAGGAUAUUCUUUUUCCCUUUUUAGAUUUUCUUCUCCGCUACAAGCAGUUUCUUUGUUUGGGACCCAAUUGUUCUGUUCCCAAAUCUGAGUUUCUCAAAUUUCACGUCUUAAGAUUUGGUUUUUUUUUUUCCUGUGAGAAAAUUGGUCCUUCAUCGUCUGGGGCUCUGGGUAACUGAAAAGAUGGCACAAGUGCUCACAAAUCCAGCAUUUUGAAAUUUGCUAGCUCUUAGCAAAAUGGCUCUGGCUUUUAUCACUUCUUUGGUGUUUGCCUCUUUAUUGUGGUCAUCUGUGUCACCAGAUGAUCAAGGUGAUGCGCUAUUUGCGCUAAGGAGCUCGUUACGCGCAUCUCCUGAACAGCUAAGUGACUGGAAUCAGAAUCAAGUCGAUCCUUGUACUUGGUCUCAAGUUAGUUGUGCCGACAAGAAGCAUGUUACUUCUCUAACAUUGUCUUACAUGAACUUCUCGGGAACUUUAUCUUCAGGAAUAGGAAUCUUGAAAACUCUCAAGACUCUUACAUUGAAGGGAAAUGGAAUAACGGGUGGAAUACCAGAAUCCAUAGGAAACCUGUCAAGCUUGACAAGCUUGGAUUUGGAGGAUAAUCACUUAACUGGUCGCAUACCAUCCACUCUCGGUGAUCUCAACAACCUUCAGUUCCUGACACUGAGUAGGAAUAACCUAAAUGGGACUAUCCCAGACUCACUCACUGGCCUAUCAAAACUGAUAAAUAUCCUGCUCGACUCGAAUAAUCUCAGCGGUGAGAUUCCUCAGAGUUUAUUCAAUAUUCCCAAAUACAAUUUCACAGCAAACAAUUUGAGUUGUGGUGGCACUUACCCUCGCCUUUGCGUAACAGAGUCCAAUCCUUCAGGUGAUUCAAGCAAUUCAAAAACUGGUAUUAUCGCUGGAGUUGUUAGCGGGAUCACAGUUAUUCUCCUUGGAUUCUUCUUGUUUUUCUUCUGCAAGGAUAAGCAUAAAGGAUACAGAAGCGACGUGUUUGUAGAUGUUGCAGGUGAAGUGGACAGAAGGAUUGCGUUUGGACAGUUGAGAAGGUUUUCAUGGAGAGAGCUUCAACUGGCUACGGACGAGUUCGACGAGAAGAACGUUCUUGGACAAGGAGGGUUCGGGAAAGUCUACAAAGGAUUGCUUUUGGAUGGCACGAAAGUGGCAGUGAAGAGACUGACUGAUUUCGAACGUCCUGGAGGAGACGAAGCAUUCCAGAGAGAAGUCGAAAUGAUAAGCGUGGCUGUUCAUAGGAAUCUGCUUCGCCUCAUCGGCUUUUGCACAACUCAAACCGAACGCCUCUUGGUGUAUCCCUUCAUGCAGAAUCUAAGUGUUGCAUAUCGCCUCAGAGAGAUUAAACGAGGCGAGCCUAUACUGGACUGGUUCAGGAGGAAACAGAUUGCUCUAGGCGCAGCACGAGGGCUCGAGUAUCUUCAUGAGCAUUGCAACCCGAAGAUCAUACACAGAGAUGUGAAGGCAGCAAAUGUGUUGCUAGAUGAAGAUUUUGAAGCAGUGGUUGGUGAUUUUGGUUUAGCCAAAUUGGUUGAUGUUAGAAGAACCAACGUCACCACUCAGGUCCGUGGAACAAUGGGUCACAUUGCGCCUGAAUGUAUAUCCACAGGGAAGUCAUCAGAGAAAACCGAUGUUUUCGGGUAUGGGAUUAUGCUUCUUGAGCUUGUAACAGGACAGAGAGCCAUUGAUUUCUCAAGGUUAGAGGAAGAAGAUGAUGUCUUGUUGCUAGACCAUGUGAAGAAAUUGGAAAGAGAGAAGAGAUUAGGAGAUAUAGUGGAUAAGAAGCUUGAGGAUGAUUAUGUGAAGGAAGAAGUUGAGAUGAUGAUACAAGUAGCAUUGUUGUGCACGCAAGCAGCACCUGAAGAACGACCAGCGAUGUCGGAAGUUGUGAGGAUGCUCGAAGGAGAAGGGCUUGCAGAGAGAUGGGAAGAAUGGCGGAAUCUUGAAGUCACGAGACAAGAAGAGUUUCAGAGGUUGCAGAGGAGAUUUGAUUGGGGUGAAGAUUCUAUUAACAAUCAAGAUGCCAUUGAGUUAUCUGGUGGAAGAUAGAAAAAAGUAUAGCUUUCAUUUAAAAGAUAGAAGAAUCAUGUGAUCACAUUGUAAAGUAGAAGAAGAAGAAUCAAAGUCGUUUUGGGUUUUCAAACAUCAAUGAAUUGAUCUGUUGUAUAACACACGAUUUUGAAUAUUUAUGAAACAAAGACACAAAUUUUUAAAAAAUCAUCUCAACAAUAUUUAUGUGUACUUAUACAUAAAAACACAUGUACAUACUAAGACAUUAGCACACACCAUGAAACAGCGUAUAGAUAUAGAACCACAUGCACAACACCAAACAAAUUCCUUGGAAACAGAUACAUAUACAUAACCAUACCUCAAGAUUGAUAAGGAAUGUCUGGAAAUAUGGAGUCAUCAAAGAGAAGAUCAGGCCAAUCUACUGAGCCUGUGGCUGCUCCUUCUUGAUCAUGGUUUGAGGAAGCCUUCAGGUUGCAGCCAAAACCAUCUACACUCCGAGCCAUAUCAUCACUCAGACCGGAAGGAUCAUGAGAAGGCAACAUAGUUUGGGUUAAGCUCUGUGGUUCAUGGAGCCAUAGUGGAGAAUUGUUUUGACUGAAAUGAUUCUCGUCUAGGGUUUUGAGGGAUGGGAGGUUGCUGCUGAAGUCUUGAAGACAAGAAUUGAGGAGACCUUGGUCGAGAUUAAUGGUAUUGGAGUUUUCUUUGAUGAGGAGAUUGAGAAUGUUUAACUCAUUAGGGCUAAUGCUGCUACUGCUAUUGCUCAUGGGAAGAGGAGGAGGUUGAAGAAGGUAGUGAAAGAGCUGAAGCUUAGCCAUCUCAGCUUGGAGAUUCAGAAAAGCUUGGUCUCCAAUUGGAAACUGUCGCUGAAGAUCAACAAGUCCUCUUAGGUUAGACAGAGACAUGAGCUGAGAUAAGCUCGAGAAGAUAUCAUCGGUUCUUGGACGAUGAGUCAUGGGAUCAAAACCCAUCUGAAUCAGCUUCUUCUUCAAAUGAGUGUUCCAGAAGUUCUUGAUCUCGUUAUCUGUUCUUCCUGGUAAGUGGCUUGCAAUCAUCGACCACCUUAUACAAGAACCGCGUGAAGAUUCAGAAUGGUCUGUUCUUCUUCUGGAGAGAACUUUCCUCGUUUGAUGUCAGGUCUCAAAUAGUUUGUCCAUCGUAGCCUACAACUCUUCCCGCAUCUGUUAAGACCUGCAUCGAGCUUGGGAAGAGCGCUCCAGCUGCUAUGGCCAUGCUUGUGAAUAUAACUGAUGAGUUUAUCAUCUUCUUCAGGCAACCAUGGACCUUUCUUCAUACCGGUUUCAUCUGAUCCAGGAGAUCUUCCCAUGUUUGAUGAACUCCUGUAUCUAAUUAACAACGGUCUCUCUCUCUCUCUUAUUGUUAUUCUCUUCAAAAAAGAUUUGGUCGCUUGCCUCCUUUCUUC